UACUCCGAAUUCAGACAGUGACUGAACUGAAUCAAACACUCUUGCUAAACAGCAACCGUCAUGUUCAGAUUCACGCGUCCGUUGCUGCAACAAGUCACUAAGAAGACAACUGGUAUUGUCGGUCUUGCCGUCCACCCAAACCCGCUCCCAGAACUCUCCAACGCUUACAAUUCGACGCUCAGCGUCCUUGCUUCAAUACCGCCAAACUCCGUCUACAGACAGGGCGUCGAGGCACUCACCAAACACAAACUCAACAUUGUACAAGGCGCAAAUGGGGACAUUGCAAGUGUGGAGAAGCAGCUGGAUGAGGGGCAAAUCGAGGAGUCGUUGGAUAUUGCUAAAGAUGAGCUGAAGUUGGCCGAGAAUAUGCUUGAAUGGAAAGCUUGGGAGCCUCUAGAAGAGAAGCCAUUACCUGGUCAAUGGGAGUACUUUGGCAAUACAUCGAGCCCGGGAUCUUCGUAGUGUCAUCCAAUAGCUCGGGAUUUGUCGGGGGCAAUAUCACAUUGCUGGACCACGUCCAGUACGACGCGCUAAUACUAGUCGCGGAGGGAGCUUUCGCAAAAUAGAUUGAUGACACCCGUCCAGACAUUUAAAACAUGCCACUGCGUGAUUCUACCGAUUCUUCUAUCUGGUC